AUGGAGCACAUAACAGUUUGUGCCUUGCUUUCAGCUGGAGGCAUCUGUAGCUGGAACAUCAACAGACUCAUCAAAGAUAACAUUGCCAUGACAACUGAAUAUCCAGUUACUAUCAUGCUCCUUCAGCCUAGUUACCACCAACUGUUCAUUUUGUAUUUUCAGCCAGGUGAUUUGAUCAUUGGUGGCAUUAUGUCUUCCAUCACAGUUACUGGAGAGCUGAAUAACUUCAGGCAACCCUCUGAUUCCUGGAUUAGUGAUACAGUUGUCUUGACAAAUAAUUACCAGCAUAUCCUGGCAUUGGCUUAUGUUGUGAAGGAGAUCAAUGAAAACUGCCAGAUAUUACCCAAUGUAACCUUGGGCUUACACAUGCAUGAUAGUUUUGCAAAAGGGACGUGUUACGCCAUAAUGGUCCUUCUCUCAGGGCACAUCAGAUUUCUUCCCAACUACAAAUGUGGCAUCCAGUAUAACCUUGUAGCAGUUAUUGGAGGUCUUUAUCCCCGCACCUCCUUUGACCUGGCAAUGGUGUUGGGAAUCUACAAUGUUCCACAGGUGGUGUAUGACUACAUUCUCACUAUUCCAUUAGAAAUAUCUGUUUUCAUCUCAUUCAUCCAUGAUAUCUUUCUUCAGUUUAUAUAUGGAACUGGUCUAGGACUGAAUGGCAGAAAUGAACCCCACCCAUUCUACAAUAUGGUCCCAAAUGAAGGCCACCAGCAUAUGGGACUUCUCCAACUACUUCUGCAUUUCCGGUGGACAUGGGUUGGAGUAAUUGCUAGAGAUACUAUCAGUGGGGAAAGGUUUGUGAAGAUGGUUGUUGAAAAGUUUCCUUUGAGUGCCAUCCGUUUCGCCUUCCUACAAAGAGUUGAGGACUUGAAGAUGAGUGACAUUUGGGAUGCAAUGGAUCAGCUACUGGAAUUAUAUAAUAUUGCAAUGAAGAGCCAUGCAAAUGCAUUGAUCUUCUAUGAUGAAAAUAUUUUGAUUUUGAGAUGGUUAUUAUAUCUGCCAGAACUACAAGUGGGAAUGCUCCACCAUUUACUGAAAGAAAUCUCAUUCAAUAACAGUGCUGGUGAUGAGAUUUCCUUUGAUGAGAAUAGAGAAUUAAGAGCUGGAUUUGAUAUUAUCAACUGGGUCAUUUUCCCAAAUCAAUCCUUUCAGAGAGUCAGAAUCGGAAAGCUGGAUCCCCAGGCUCCUCCUGAUCAACUGUUCACAAUGCAUGAUGAAGCUAUCAUGUGGCACAGGAGUUUUAACCAGACAUUGCCCAGAUCUGUGUGCACUGACACCUGCGCCCCUGGUUACAGCAAGAGAAAACAGGAAGGGAAGCCAUUUUGCUGCUAUGAUUGUGCUUUGUGUUCAGAAGGGAAGUUUUCAAGUCAGAAAGACACAGAUGACUGUUACAAAUGCCCAGAUGAUCAAUACCCAAACAAGGACCAGGAUGCAUGCAUCUUCAAACAGAUAACCUUCCUGUCUUAUGAAGAACCGUUGGGGAUCUCUUUAGCCAUUUUGGCAAUUUUCUUUUCUAUGCUCACAGCUGUGGUUCUAGGGACAUUUCUGAAGCACCGUGACACACCCAUAGUCAAAGCCAACAACCGGAAUCUCACUUACACCCUCCUCAUCUCUCUCCUGCUCUGCUUCCUUUCUGCUUUGCUAUUCAUCGGGCGGCCUGAGAAGAUGACCUGCCUCCUCCGGCAAACUGCUUUUGGCAUUAUCUUCUCAAUGGCUGUAUCUUGCGUACUGGCAAAGACACUGACUGUUGUUCUGGCUUUCAUGGCCACCACCCCAGGAAGCAGGAUGAAGAAGUGGGUGGGGGAAAGAAUGGCAACCUCCAUUGUCCUUUCCUGCACCCUUAUCCAAAUGGGCAUUUGUGCUGUGUGGCUGGCAACGUCUUCCCCAUUCCCACAUGUGGAUAUGGAUUCAGUGAAAGAAGAAAUUGUGCUGGAAUGCAAUGAGGGUUCAGUUGUCAUGUUUUACUGUGUGCUGGGCUAUAUAGGCUUUCUGGCCCUUGUCAACUUUGCUGUGGCUUUCUUUGCCCGGAAGCUCCCUGACAGUUUCAAUGAAGCCAGGUUUAUCACUUUCAGCAUGUUGCUCUUUUGCAGUGUAUGGCUAUCAUUUGUUCCAACCUACCUGAGUGUAAAGGGGAAAUACAUGGUGGCUGUAGAGAUUUUCUCCAUCUUGACUUCCAGUGCUGGCAUACUGGGUUUCAUUUUUUCCCCAAAAUGCUAUAUCAUUGCACUGAGGCCCCAGCUUAAUAAGAGGAAGCAACUAAUAAAAAGAAGACAAUGA